AUGCGGGGCGGACGGGCCCAUUGCGGAGGGCGGGCAGGCCCCGCCGAGAGCCGUAUGGAUAGAAAGCAAGAGCGCCCCGCCCCAUCCUUCCCCUGCGCGUGUGAGCGCCCCGUGCGAGGGGUAGCGGCGGAGCGUGCGGCGGCGCUGGGGCUGGCCGCUCUGCCCUGCGGCCGAUUGAGGCACCUGCCGUACUUCUGCCGCGGGGAGGUGGUGAAGGGCUUCGGCAGAGGCUCCAAGAGGUUGGGCCAUCCCACCGCUAACUUUUCUGAGCAAGUGGUUGAAAGCUUUCCACCUGAUAUCUCUACUGGUAUAUACUAUGGAUGGGCCUGUGUUGGAAAUGGAGAUGUACAUAAAAUGGUUUUGAGCAUAGGAUGGAACCCUUUCUAUAGGAAUACUAAGAAAUCAGUGGAAACACAUAUUAUCCACACCUUCAAGGAAGACUUUUAUGGAGAAAUUCUUAGUAUAGUCAUAGUUGGAUAUAUUCGACCGGAAAAAAACUUUGAUUCCUUAGAGGCGCUCAUUUCAGCAAUUCAGGAAGACAUUGAAGAAGCAAAAAGACAGCUAGAUUUAGCAGAACAUCUUAAACUCAAAGAAGAUAACUUCUUUCAUCUGCCAGAAGGCAAAAUAGUAAACAACCACUGAGGAAAACAAUACAGUUUUUUAUUUGUUUGUUUGUUUGAA